UUUCAUUUUUAUCAUUAUCAAAUCAUAAAACUACACCAUAAACAAUCAAAAUAAACAUAAUUUUGUUAAUAACCGUACCAUGUCACACCAGGGAACCACCAUCCAAACACACUGCAAUGACAAGUACAAGGACAACCAUGUACGACACCACUACAUCAUCAUUAAGCUUUCUCUUUUUCCUUUUCCUUUUCCUUUUCCAGUAGUAGCCAAUUUCUCCUCUAGAUAACUAUACUAUAUACUAUUCAUCUAAUUUCCAAGAAAAUUCUCAAGAUAACUGUACAUAAUACAUAUAUACAAAUAAUACAAAGUCCAUUUACUAAAUUUGAAGAAUUGUACUUUGUUUUCUUCCCUUUGGGUUUAUCACAACCGACUGAAGAAAAAAGGAAGAUAAUUCCUUGCUUUUCAUCUUCACAUCAAGAUCCAUUCAUUCAUUACGUAACACAUACAUCCAUCCCCAUAACCCAUCUCUCGGUAUAUUUACAUAGUACAAUAUAAACUUGUUUUGUAUAUGUACAAGGAUAUAGGGGAGGAAAAAGAUUGAACUUUGGGAAGUGGGUGUUUUGUGUUUGUAUGUUUUGAUAAUGGAUCUAAGGAGAAAAGGGUGUUUGAUAUUGUUAUUGGUUUCAGUUUUGGAGGUGGCAGUGAAGGGAAAUAACAAUGUAGUGUUUAAUGUGAAGCAUAGAUAUGGUGGGCGUGGAGGGUCAAUCUUGAAUGAACUCAGAGCCCAUGAUAGUCACCGCCAUGGUAGAAUGCUUGCUGCCGUUGACUUCCCAUUGGGUGGCAAUGGCCAACCCACUGAUGCAGCGCUCUAUUACACUAAACUUACAAUUGGGACUCCUUCAAAGGACUAUCAUGUCCAGGUAGAUACUGGAAGUGACAUCUUAUGGGUGAAUUGUGCUGGUUGUGCGAGAUGUCCUUCAAAAAGCAGUCUUGGGAUAGACUUGAUGCUGUACGACUUAAAAGCCUCUGCCACUGGGAAAACCGUUUCUUGCGACCAAGACUUCUGCACUGCUAUGUUUAAUGCUCCCUACUCAGAGUGCAGGGUGGGCUCAGCCUGUGAAUAUCAGGUUACUUACGGAGAUGGAAGCUCAACUUCUGGAUACUUUGUAAAGGAUUACAUUCAUUUUGAUCAAGUCUCUGGGGAUCUUCAAACCACAUCCAUCAAUGGGUCCAUAGCAUUUGGGUGCUCAUCUAGUCAAUCAGGAGAGCUAGGGUCAUCUACUCAAGCGGUUGACGGAAUAAUUGGUUUUGGACAAGCAAACUCAUCUCUUAUUUCACAGCUAGCAGUAUCUGGGAAGGUGAAAAAAGUUUUUUCACAUUGUCUAGACGGUAGUAAUGGUGGUGGCAUAUUUGCUAUUGGACAAGUAGUUCAGCCAAAAGUAAAGUCAACACCACUAGUCCCAAAUGAGCCACAUUAUAAUGUUGUCAUGAAGGGAAUUGAGGUUAAUGGUGAACCUCUAAACAUCCCUACCACUAUCUUUGAUGCGGGAUCCAACAGAGGAACAAUAAUUGACAGCGGUACAACUUUAGCGUAUCUUCCUAACAAGGUCUAUAAUGCUCUCAUGAGCAAGUUGAUGGUUCGGCAGCCAGAUCUGACGACUCAUCUUGUUGACGAAAGCUUCCACUGCUUUUUCUUCAGUGGAAAGAUUGAUGAUGGUUUCCCAGUCGUAACCUUUCAGUUUGCUGAUUCUCUGUCUUUGAAAGUUUAUCCGCACGAUUAUCUUUUCCAAGUUAGCGACAACGAGUGGUGUAUUGGUUGGCAGGACAGCGGAAUGCAGACAAAGGAUGGAAAGGAAAUAACUUUGUUAGGAGAUCUUGUUUUAUCCAAUAAGCUCGUUCUUUAUGAUCUUGAAAACCAGAGUAUUGGCUGGACUGACUAUAACUGCUCUUCGAGCAUCAAAGUCAGAGAUGGAACUUCUGGAAAAGUGUAUACUGUGGGUUCUCACAAUAUUUCAUCAGCUUCUACGUUGAAUUCAAGAAUGUUUUUUACGUUCUUCGUAUUAGUAAUCUCCAUCCUAUGCAAUUUGUUGAAGUGAGAUACCAGAAAAAAAUAAACUGUACAGGGAGUCCUUGUUGUACCAUAACAUUCCGCGAUUUGAUGAUUCUUUGGAAUUACAAGCCCUCUUCUUCUUAUUCCUUCAACAUGAUUCUUGACAUUUACACGGAUACAAACAACACUGGUUUGGUGAAACUGAAGUUCUGCAGUUUCUCUCCUGUUCUAGCACACAUACGGACCGUCCGUCCUCAUAGAUGCUGUUGGUCUAAGUAUUUCUUUUCUUAUUCUGUUUCAUUUUAUUUCCCUGCCUGUUCUCUUCGGCCAUGAGAUAGAAGAUGCUGAUAGUGAAGGGAUGCAAGCAAAUGCUUGGUAGAAUAGUUAUUUUUUCUUUCUUGAUGUUAUUCAUGAGUUUAUUUCAGUAUUAAUGUAGAUUAAUUCCCCCUUUGUUUUGGUGAGAAUGCCAUGUUGUAUUUUUAAUUUAUGAGUGAUAAGAACUGUUUGUUUCAGCUCAGGCUGCAUUUCCUAAUUUAUGAAUGAUACACCGGAUUUGUUUGUA